UUAGGUUUCACUGCGGGCGAUACGAACAGGAACGAGUGUCUGUGAUUUGGGGACGAUUCGAUUUCUGGAUAUGAUCGGGAUGGAUUGAUGGAUGGAUCGUUUGUUCCUGUGUUUGAUCUGUGAACAGUAAAUGAUCUGAGGAGCCGCGCGGUGGAUCAAAGCGGCUCGGACACGCGCUCGUUACUUUGUAACGUUUCUGUAAAGCUUUGAUCUGGGAGCGGUCACACACACUUCAUUUAUUAAUACUGAGAAACGCGGUACAUUCAGCACCACUGUGUGUGUGUGUGUGUUUGUGUUAUUGUUUGUUUGAUUGAUUGUGCACUGCGCUUGUCUGGAAUCAUGCGGCUGCAGUGUGUACUAUACAGUGUGAGUGUGCUGGUGUAUGUAUUAGUGUGUACAGUGGAUUUAAAACCCACACUAAGGAAGGCCCGGGUGCACCAUGAUAGUGAACUGAGUCAGAGUCCGCACUCGGACCAGCACCCGGACCAGCGCAGCCUGCAGUUCGACCAUGAAGCUUUUCUGGGGAAGAACGAGGCCAAAACUUUCGACCAGCUUAGUCCAGAGGAGAGCAAAGCACGACUCAGUAAGAUUGUGGAUCGUAUCGACAGUGAUACUAAUGGCUUCAUCACAGCUGAUGAGCUGAAGCUCUGGAUUAAACGGGUUCAGAAGAGAUAUGUUUACGAGAACGUGGCGAGAGUUUGGAGCGAUUACGACUUGAACAAAGACGACGCCAUUGGCUGGGACGAGUACAAACAGGCCACAUAUGGCUACUACCUCUCGAACCCAGAGGAAUUUGCUGACUCCUCGGAUCAGUUCAGCUUUAAAAAGAUGCUGCCGCGAGACGAGCGCCGCUUUAAAGCAGCCGAUCUGAACGGAGACGGACGAGCGGAGCGAGAUGAAUUUACCUGUUUCCUCCAUCCUGAGGAGUUCGAGCGUAUGAGGGACAUCGUCGUCCUGGAGACACUGGAGGACAUUGAUAAGAACGGAGAUGGUUACGUGGACGAGGAUGAAUACAUCGCGGACAUGUUUGCUCAUGAGGACGGCGGUCCAGAACCAGACUGGGUUAAAACUGAGCGAGAUCAGUUCUCUGAUUUUAGAGAUCUGAACAAGGAUGGGAAGAUGGAUCUGGAGGAAAUUCGACACUGGAUUCUUCCUCAGGAUUACGAUCAUGCUCAGGCUGAAGCGCGUCACCUACUGUACGAGUCCGACACUGACAGGGAUCAGUUGCUGACGAAGAAAGAAAUUCUGCAGAACUGGAACAUGUUCGUAGGAAGCCAAGCAACAAAUUAUGGAGAGGAUCUGACCCGAAACCACGAUGAGCUCUGAGCCACAGAUGAGAUGUGAUCAUUCAUCACAUCAAUAAUCACACUGAGGAAAUGAAUUCACUGCACUUCCUGCAGGAGGACGAUAGAAUAAUCAGAGAUACAGAUUUAUAGAUCUCGUCUGAUCUACCUCAGUAUCCCCAAGCAUCGCUUAGUGCAUCCCUCACCAAAUCUCCCAGCAUCCCUCAGCGCAUCUUUUAUUAUGCAAUUAAUUGAUGUUUUAUAGUGCGAGUGUGUGUGUGUGUGUGUUUAAUUGUGAUUGGAUGCUGAUGUGCAUUAUCACUCCAGAGGUUCAAUUAUUUAUUUUGUUUUGUUGACAGCAUUUCGUGACUGUUACAGAGUGAGUUUACACUACACCCCCCAUAAUCACAAUAUAUAUUACUAUUCAGAUACCCUCAAAAUGUCCCCCUAUUUUAUUUAUUCCAUAUUUCAGUUUAUGGCUACGAUCUUGCCCACACUAAUGUAUGGCUGUAUACAUUCACUUUGAUGUAUUACAUUCAUAUGUUUAGUUUUUAAAUUUUAAUUACAUUUUCAUAGGUUAUUAAUGUAUUUUAUUGUUUUGUCACUAAGAUGUUUGUAUUCAUCAGAGGAAUGGUGCUUAUGGACUGAUUGCUGGUUUAGAAGAACAUCUGAUAAAUAAAAAAACCCCCAAUAAAAUAAUAUUUUACAGAA